AUACACACAACAUAGUACAGUUAGAAGGGCAUGCAAUAGUUCAUUGCAUGUUGAACAUGAAAACCCAUGCAAAAAAUAUUUGGAAAACCAAACCUCCUAUUUUCCAAUAUCUCAAUCUCAUUCCAUAAAGGCGAACUGCAUUACAGGCGCCGAGACAUUGCAUAAAGGUUUUCCAUAACAUUUCUCAUACAUUGCCACAAAUCUUAUCAAAAGUUCAUUGCCCAAAUCUAAACAAGAAUGUACAAAAACACAGGUUCGUUAUGGAAAAGUUUAUUCAUGUCCCUCAUGUUCUUGUCGUUGGGUGGGAUUCAAGUAGACGCGUUUGUGGGCAUAAAUUGGGGGAGGAUGGCAAAACAAAGAUUUGUUCCAUCUAUGGUGGUGGAUUUACUCUUACAAAAUGGGAUCACAGAGCUGAGAAUUUUUCAACCAAGCCUUAACGUCCUUGAUGCUUUUGCCGACACCAAUAUUGGUAUGACCAUCACCUUACAAGAAAAUUUUUUACGAAACGUUAGGGAGCAAAAAGAAAUAGACGCUAUGAUUCAUGAACGUGUGAAAAAUUUUGUUGACAAAGGAGUUAAAUUCAGGUAUGUGUACGUGGGAAACGAACCAUUUACCAAAUCAAAAUAUACCAAAACUCCAUUUAGCCGUAUUCUUCAUUUCCUAAAUUUGACCAGAAAUUCCCUUGAUAAAUACAACCUCCCAGAUAUCAAAGUAACAACUCCCAUUUUCACCGACGUCUUAAUAAAUAUGACGAAGCCAUCAGAAGGUGAUUUUCGAGAAGAAAUAAAGGGCCAAAUGGUGGAAUUCCUAGAUUUCCUUAACAAAAAGGGUUCCCCUUUUGUUAUCAAUAUUUUUCCAAUCUAUACGGUGUAUAAUUUGGGAUUUGAUGUGGAAUUUGCUUUCUUUGAUAAUGUUAAAUCCAAGUUCAAAGUUGUAGAUGGCAAUAACACCUAUUACAAUUUGUUCACUUUCCUUUAUGAUGCACUUGUUUGUGCUCUAACAAAGGCAGGUUAUGGUGAUAUGGAGAUUGUUAUUGGACAAAUUGGUUGGCCUACAGAUGGAUAUGAGGGUGCAAGUGAAGAAAAUGCAGAAAGAUUUCAUCGUGGCUUUCUUAAAUAUCUUGGUAGGAAGGAAGGAACUCCACUACGCCCAAACAAGGAUAUAAAUGUGUUUCUACUUUCCUUAACAGACGAGAAUAUGGUAAAUACAGAUAUAGGCAAUUAUCAACGACAUUGGGGUAUCUAUAAACUCGAUGGUGAACCCAAGUACAAAAUUGAUUUCACCAUGCAUGACCUAAACACCAAGCCAACCGUCGCCAAAGGUACCGUGAAAAUGCCGAACAGAUGGUGUGUGUUUGAUGGUAAAACUGAGUACAACGAGACCUUGCUGAUGAAAGAUUUUGACUCUGCAUGUAUGGAUUCUGACUGCAGCACCUUUGGCUCUGGUGCAACUUGUGAUCACCUCGUUUUCGCAGAGAAGGUAUCUUAUGCAUACAAUAUGCGUUACCAAAUGAACAAUCAAGAUCAGGAGUAUUGCGAAUUGUUAGGCGCCGAACUCACCGCAAAUAAUCCUUCAACUCCAGACUGUGAGUUCCCCGUUGAGAUCUUAACUGCAGAGGUUGUGGAUGGUGGCAGCCCAGAUACAAAGAAAUAUUAGAUCAGAGCGAGCGCUUCUACAUGUUUGUAUGACCUUAAUAAUAAUUGUGUAUCGUUGUUCA